AUGAAGGACAAUUUUCGUAUCCACUCCAUGCAGAUCACUCUCGAAUCACACGCCACAUCGACAACACACGAAAUCGGCCGGACGAUUGGCUCGAAAGUCGUGCCCGGCGAUAUAGUCUUACUCUCCGGAAGUCUCGGCGCGGGAAAGACCACGCUCACACAGGGAAUCGUCUGGGGGCUGGGGUCGGCAGAGUACGCGCGCAGCCCAACAUUCGUGCUGGUCAAUGAAUACGAUGCCAGGGUGCCUGUCUACCACAUGGACCUCUAUCGUCUGGACUCGUUCGAGGAGGUGGAUGGGCUGGGUCUCGAUGACUACCUGUACGGCGACGGUGUCUGCGUAAUCGAGUGGGCAGAUAAGGCAUCCAGCUACUUCCCGGAGCGUCACUUAUCUGUCUUCAUCAGGACGGUCUCUGAUGAGAUUCGGGAGUUGACCAUAGAGAGCUGUAACACGGAACUCCACUCUAUAUUUGAUGCCCUCGGUCGGAUUGGCGCAUCGAUUACCGGAUCGGCAUAG